UGAUGCGCGGUGUUCUGUAGCGUCUCCCACGGUUCUCCUUUCCUCUAUUCGGGAAACCUCUCCUACUCGUCAGAAUCAAUGCGAAUCAGCAGCGAUAGGCGCGCUGAUGCUGUGUGGUCUGUAGCUUUCUAUUCUCUGGAGAAUAAGGACUAAACUCUCUGUUACACGUUUCUUCUUGCAUAGCUCUUCAGUGCAACGGGGAAGACAGACAACAUGAUUUGCUUUAUCUUCGUGGUUCUAUGUGGAUUGUCUGGCAGUGCGCUCGCAAAAGGUAAAGUGGAGAGGGAGCCUAAGGGGAAGUUCAGUGUUCCUGUUCUGGAUGUGAAGAGUCGACAGCUGGUCCUGGAGGCCAACCAGACGCUGACGAUCCACUGCAGGGGUCGAUGGGAGCUGUCGUGGGUGUUCCCUGGAGGUGUGGCCAGAGAUAAAGAGAGUGUGCAAUUGGAGGAUUCUCGCUGUGGGAGGCAGAGCCAGCAUUACUGCAGCCAACUGAUUAUUAGCUCAGCACAGGCCCAGCACACAGGAUCGUUCCGGUGUCGGUACAGCCAUCGGACCCGCAGGCAGAGUGCUGUCUACAUCUAUGUCACAGACAGACAGCGGCCAUUUGUGAGGGAGCAGAAUAAAAGUCCAGACGUGGUGUAUAUCAAGGAGAGCCAGCCACUGGUCUUCCCCUGUAGGGUCACCAACCCUGACGCCACCGUGUCAUUGGUCAAGUUCCCUGACCGUGAGUUGACCCCAGACCAGAGGAACAUAGUGUGGAACAGCAGACAGGGCUUCCUCAUCCGCAGUCCCACCUACUUCUACAUCGGCCUGUUCUCCUGCAAGACCUCUGUCAACGGGACCACACACUCCCUCAGUUACCUCACACACAGACAAGUGAAUAAGAUUAUGGAGGUGUAUCUGAACAGUACCAGUCCAGUCCAGACUUUACAGGGGGACAGUCUGGCCAUCAACUGUACUGUCACUGCAGAGUGGAACAGCAGAGUGUCCAUAAGCUGGGACUACCCUGGGCAGGUAAACAGGGCAGCCAUAAUUAGUAGGCGUAUCAUGGCCAGUAAAACUCACAUGGUGUUCUACAGUAUUCUGUCCAUCCCRAAACUCCACCGCUCUGACAGAGGGCUCUAUAUCUGCCGAGUGACCAGUGGACCGGUCAGCCGAGAGACUAACGUGUCUGUCACAGUCUACGAUCCGAUUAUAUCCGUCUGA